CCCUGGCGGGCGGCGGCGAGCAAGGACCGCCCCCAGCCUGGCCCCGCCACCGCCCGCCUCGGCACAACAUGGCGAUGCACAACAAGGCGGCGCCGCCGCAGAUCCCGGACACCCGGCGGGAGCUGGCGGAGCUCGUGAAACGGAAGCAGGAGCUGGCGGAAACACUGGCAAACUUGGAGAGACAGAUCUAUGCUUUUGAAGGAAGCUACCUGGAAGACACUCAGAUGUAUGGCAACAUUAUUCGUGGCUGGGAUCGGUAUCUGACCAACCAAAAAAACUCCAAUAGCAAAAACGAUAGAAGGAACCGGAAGUUUAAGGAAGCAGAGCGGCUCUUCAGUAAAUCCUCAGUUACUUCAGCAGCUGCAGUAAGUGCAUUGGCAGGAGUUCAGGACCAGCUCAUUGAAAAGAGGGAGCCAGGAAGUGGGACGGAAAGUGAUACUUCUCCAGACUUCCACAAUCAGGAAAAUGAGCCCAGCCAGGAGGAUCCUGAGGAUCUGGAUGGAUCUGUGCAGGGAGUGAAACCUCAGAAGGCUGCUUCUUCUACUUCCUCAGGGAGUCAUCAUAGCAGCCAUAAAAAACGAAAGAAUAAAAACCGGCACAGGAAUACAGGGACUUCCCUGGUGGCGCAGUGGUUAAGAAUCUGCCCGCCAAUGCAGGAGACACAGGUUCAAUCCCUGGUCUGGGAAGAUCCCACAUGCCACGGAGCAACUGAGUCUGCGAGCCACAACUACUGAGCCUGCGCGCCCUAGAGGCCGAGCGCCGCAACUACUGAAGCCCGCGUACCUAGAGCCCAUGUUCCACAGCAGGAGAGGCCACCGCAGUGAGAAGCCUGCGCACCGCCAAGAAGAGGAGCCCCCGCUCUCCGCAACUAGAGAAAGCCCGCGCUCAGCAACAAGGACCCAGUGCAGCCAAAAAAAAAAAAAAAGAAUACAAGUAUUUCUUUCUCCUUUUCCUUUCCUCCCUAUUUGUCCAGUUCCUGAGAAUUUUUCUUGGGUAACUUGUUACCCAGAACAGUUGGAAUUUUCUGGAACUCUAAACUUUGUAGGGUGGACUGUGACCUCUGGUGUUGCUUUCCAGGUGGAGCUGCAAAGACCCCUGAGAAUUCCCUGUUUCUGGCUUAGCACUUACUUUCCAUACUUUUCUCUUUAGAUUUGUGUUUUCCGAUCCUGCCGAGCAUCCCAGUUUCUAGGCCCUGUGCUCAGGCCCGGGCUGGCAGCCCUGUGGGCUAAGCAGGCCCCCUGCUCCCCUGGCAGUCCUUACCAGCAGGUGCCAGCAGGUGGCAGGCAGAGCACCACAGCGCCCCUGGCCUUUAGCGAGGCUCUUCUCUGGAGAGCAGCCAGAAUCAGAGCCUUUGGACCCUUCCCAGGGACCUGCCUCCUAGCAACAAGCCUAACCCUGUGCGGGGGGUGGGUUGCCCAGUCCAUUUCUCCCACCUAGUUCUGCAGCCAUUUCUUAAAUGGGUGAGCAGUUUAAGAUCACCAGUAGCGGCCUUGAGUCGGGCUUUGAGGCCACACCCCAGAAUGACAGCCUGGGGCCUCCUCCCCGUCCAGGAACUAGCCGGAAGGAUUUACAUACCAUGGCCUGGGAAGGCUUCAUUUUCCUUAAUUGUAGGGCCCUACUUCCUGUCCCUUUCAGCAAAUCUCCCACACCCUUCCCAUGACCUGGGAGGCCCCCAGAACAGGCUCUUACUCACCACCCUCUACUCACCCUGCUAUAUGGUCUAGGGGAAAAAAAUGAGCCAGAGGUUUGAGGAUCCCUGGGGCAAAAGUGCUAGGAUCCCGGAACUGCCUUCUUUAGGGGCAGGAACCCCUGGAGACCAGCUGGGCCCAGGGCUUGGGCUGAUGGCACUACUCCUCCCCCAACUCUAGAUUUGUGUCCCCUUGAAUCCCAGUUUCUCUGUGGCUCGCUCAGUCUGUUUCUCACAGAGACCUGCCCAGCGCCUCCUUCAGGGCAGGGGGCUUGCCCUUCUGUGUAGGGGAGACACAGUCUGGCUUUUCCAGGGGAACUGGGAGGAGGAGGGAGGGCACAGAGCGUGGGAAGAGGGAGGAAGUGGCAGCUGGAUGGUGACUGGUGGCCUCUCCCAGCCACUCCCCCAUACCACCCUGCAGGAGACCAGUGCUGUUUGGGGUGUUAGCAGCACUGGGGUGGAGGUUGCCCAGGAGCUGCUCUCCUGGAGCCCCAAAGCGCUCCUGCUCCUAGUUUAGGCCCUCAGAUCUUUAGGGACGGUAGGGCUUCGUCAGGCUGGCGUGGUGCGAUGGGGACAGAGGGGGCGGGGACCUCCAGACAGGGAAUUGCAUCCAGUUCCCUGCCAGGGAGGCCAAGGUUUCCGUAGUCAUCCUGCGCCCCAGUGUGGUUAACCCGAGUGCAGGACAGAACUUGCAAGAAGACCCAGGGUCAGGCCCCUGCUGGUGAGAGCCCCAGGGUGGGGUGUAGGGGCCUAG